CGGCGGCUUGAUUCGAGGUCAGUUUAGUCCGCGCACGAGUCGAAAUAAGCUGAGCUUUCGUUCUGACAUCGUCGUAACAUCGGGACGAAUCGCGACACGAACGAAUAACGAUGAUCUCUCGCUCGUAUCGGGUCGUGGCACGGUGAGAAUCAACCGGCAACCGAGAUUCCCUUCGCUCGAGAGUCGGGAUAAACGAACGGCGAGUCUAGUGUUGAGUAAAACGUAUGCUGUAAAAUAUCGGUGACGGAAGAGGUUAGGCGCGGAGGAAGGGAAGGAAGAACGGACUGUGAGAUCGUUGGCUUCGUCGAGUGUCGAAGCGAGUAGAGCUAGUGUUCAUUGUGCCAACCAACGGUUUACUUCGACCAGCGCCAUCGUGACAAGGCAGCAUCGACAUGGAGGAUACGGAAGCGGAAUAGUGUCGUUGAGAUGCCGUGAAGCAGUUCCCGAGACAUGAAGAGAGCGCGACCGUGGGCCGCGUGGGUUUCUCUGAGUCCGAUUCUCCGGGACCGACGAUAGCAGAGCCUCGACCAAAAUGAGCAUUCUAAACGCGGAUUCGGAGAACCGCGUGACCCUGAACGUGGGCGGUAUCCGGCACGAGACGUACAAGGCGACCCUCAAGAAGAUCCCCGCGACCAGGCUGUCGAAGUUGACCGAGGCUCUGGCCAAUUACGACCCGGUCUUGAACGAGUACUUCUUCGACAGGCAUCCGGGGGUCUUCGCCCAGGUGCUCAAUUACUAUCGCACAGGGAAGCUCCAUUAUCCGACCGAUGUGUGCGGCCCCUUGUUCGAGGAGGAGCUCGACUUUUGGGGCCUCGACUCCAAUCAGGUGGAGCCGUGUUGCUGGAUGACGUACACCCAGCAUCGGGACACGCAGGAAACGCUGACAGUCCUCGACAGGUUGGACCUCGAUACCGAGAAGCCCACCGACGAGGAACUGGCAAGGAAGUUCGGUUUCGAGGAGGCGUAUUACGAGGGCACCCUCACGUGGUGGCAAAAGCUCAAGCCCCAGAUGUGGUCGCUCUUCGAUGAACCGUACUCCUCCCUUGGAGCCAAGGUGAUCAGCAUAGUCUCGGUCCUGUUCAUCUGCAUCUCUAUCCUGUCGUUCUGCCUGAAGACGCACCCGGACAUGCGCGUGCCGGUGAUCGUGAACCGUUCGGUGAACACGGGGAACGGGAGCUCCUGGGCGGUGGACAAAACGCACACGAACGCUCACGACUUCUUUUUCUACAUCGAGUGCGUGUGCAACGCCUGGUUCACCCUCGAGUUCCUAAUACGGAUCACGGCGAGCCCGAACCGGUGCGUGUUCAUCAAGAGCUCGGUGAACCUGAUCGACAUGGUGGCGACGUUGAGCUUCUACCUCGACCUGGCCCUCCAACGCUUCGCAUCCCACCUCGAGAACGCCGACAUCCUCGAGUUCUUGAGCAUAAUACGAAUCAUGAGACUGUUCAAGCUCACCCGCCACUCGUCCGGCCUCAAGAUCCUGAUCCAGACGUUCCGCGCCUCCGCCAAAGAACUCACCCUGCUCGUCUUCUUCCUGGUCCUGGGCAUCGUCAUAUUCGCAAGCCUGGUCUAUUACGCGGAGCGUACCCAGUACAAUCCGAAGAACGACUUCAAGAGCAUACCGUUGGGCCUGUGGUGGGCCUUGGUCACGAUGACCACGGUCGGUUACGGAGACAUGGUGCCCAAGACGUACGUGGGCAUGUUCGUGGGCGCCCUCUGCGCCCUGGCCGGCGUACUGACCAUCGCCCUGCCGGUGCCCGUGAUCGUCAGCAACUUUGCGAUGUAUUACAGUCACACGCAGGCGCGAGCCAAGCUGCCCAAGAAGAGGCGCCGCGUACUUCCGGUCGAGCAGCCGAGGGUCCGGGCCGCGCCCUUGGGCGGAGGCGGGGUUGCAGGCGGCCAGGGGCCGCCGGGCUACACCCAGCAGCACAUGCACCCGGGCGGGCCCGCGUCGGGGCCCGGCGGCCUGGCCCCCGGACACGGACAGACGCCCGGCAUCGGGUGCAUAGGCGGCCAGGGGCCCCAGAACAGACGGAUGAACGCCAUCAAGACCAACCAUCCCAAGGACGUUUCGUUCGCCGCGAAAACAGAGGAGGACCGGAGGAACUCUAACCUGCGGACCAACGGGACCAAGAUAGCCGGAGGUUUGGGUUAAAGCUGGAACCAACACUACUCUCCACUGCCAAGGCGCGCUCGACUGACAAGGGGCGUCGGGACGUCGACCUAUCGAGUCGAAUGCGGGGAAUACGGAGUGACGGAGAGGAGGGAAGGAAGGGUGCGGAAAGAUUGGAGGAGGAACGAGUUCGAGACGGGGUAUCAAGAUUGCAUGAUCUAUAAGGGAAUAUUAGAUCGGUGCGGAGCUGAAUGUCGGAUUUUUUCACCCCCCAGCCACGUCUCUCCGCACGCGCGUCAAUUAUUUACGCCCUCUCUUAUUUUUCGCCUUUCGUUUCUGCACGCGUGUCUCGAGAGAGCGGCGUCGGCCCGGUUUGAAAAUAAAUUUUGGCUGCUAGAUGGCUGGGGAAGGUGGUGGAAUUAUUGGAACCUUCGUCGGGGAGGAUGAGAGGUUGGUGGGUAGAUGUGGUGAUAUUUCAUGUCGAAAUCUAAAUUCUGAAUUUAGGGUAGCGGUGGUUGGAAAUAAUUUAUUUGCUUCUAUUUGCUUUCGAGCGACGUAAAUGCGUCGUAAGUAUGAUAUAAUAAAUAAAUUCAAAACGUGUACGAGAUAAAUUCAGAUGCAGGGAAUAAUUUAUGAAUUUUUUUCUUCUUUCAAUUUGACAAAGGACGUAGAUAUUGGAAUUGAUGGUUAACUUUUGCAACUUCUGUUUUAUGGAUUCGGUAAGAUUAGAUAGAUUUCUGAUGCCCCGAAUCGCGUAGACAAAGCAACGAAAUGCGAAUUUCUUUUCAUUUAAAAACUGUACACGUAAACUUUCGAACGAAGCUCGAGAUACUUUUUUGCGUACGAGCAAUGUAUAAAUCGAUAUUAUAUAACCUAUCAAGAACAAACUCUGUUAAAAGCAAUAACGAAAACCGCUUUAAAGUCUAAAAGCCGCAGACGCCAAAAUGUCGAGUUCAAGUGACACUCGAAAAUCAGAAAUCAUUUGAGAAAUUUAAUUUAAUUAAAUUAAAAAUUCGCUAACCUUCGACUCGCUAACCUUUCAGAAAGCAAAAAAAAAAGAAGAGAGAAAAUUAGUGAACAAGAAAGAAAUAAAAUUCCAAAAGAACAAACCUGGAACAAAAGAAGAGGCUGGCGCGCAUGCGCACGCGCAGGCGCAGAAUCCGACAUUUUCUCCGCGUCGAUCUAACCUUAUUCAGGGAUUUCUCGCGACGCAUCACUCAGCUAAUGUAUGUUCUCUUUCACUUUCUCCGAUCACUUAUUCCAAACGAUCUCUCCUCUCCAGUUUCCUGUCUUUAUCUUCGCCUCUCCCUUCUAAACACGAAUCAUUCGCUCGUAAUCGUUCACCGAACACAGCAAACGUCGGUUAGCACGAAUAGCAACGCGUUGUUUUGCAAAAUGUGUUUCCCGAUGAAACGAAAUUCAAAGGAGGGAAAGAUAUGAUUGGUCGAACCUCGAUAACUCGAAUUUUUCAAAAAACAAAAAUUUCUUUUUACUUUCAAUUAUACGUAAUCAAUAAAGAAGUUAUCAUAACAGAGAUCGAACUGUGAAUUCGAGUUGCAGAGGUAAAUCAACAAUAGUUAAAUAACUGCAUCUCGAUUUGUAAGAAUAAGAGCGAAAUUGUUACAAAGAUUUUCUAGUUGUAGGGGUUCGACUGUAGAGAAGAAAGGAAAGUAAAGAAAGAGAUAAACGAGAAACGAGCGUGAAAAGGAAGCAAAGGAGUGCAAAUAAAGAAGCAAAGAUAAAUAAAAGUGUAGGGAGUCGGGGAUUUGUUUGAACUAGUUAGAAGCGACGAGGAAUAUUCAUUGGCUAUCAACUUAGAAAUGGCUAUGGGUGAAAAGGCCUCGUGUUCGAUCCAAGUCGAAUAUCUUACGAACUGGAGAGCACUGGCUGCCAAAAAUUCCUGAAAGUAUCUGGUAAAUGCUGCAGGAGUCGCGUAAUGAGACUGGCGGGGUCUCGAGGAGCUUAAAUAUUUGCAUUCACGGAACGCUGGUAGGAAUUUUUGUCAGGUAUCGACGUCGUACCCAGAAGAUUCCUCCUCCCUUUUCAAAGAUUCAAUUUCUCGCAGGGGAACCUCGGUUGAAUAAAAGCCAGUCCUUAAUUUCUCGAAAUUGCCGCUUUAAAUAUUGAUGAGAGGGGAAACUUGCGUUUCGUAUUUUAUUUCGAAUUUUUAUUCCGAAAAUUUCAAGAGCGAAUUGUCAACAAAACCAGGGAUAAAUAUCGAGAAUGAAUAAAAAGAAAAUUUUCGUUAUGGUUUAAAAAUUACACGGGCUAUUAAACUUAGAUAUUCAUUAUUACAACUUUUGUAACAACAAGAUUGUAAUUAAAUACGACAAUUUUCAAAACCAUUCUCAAAUUAAAGACUAAUAGACGUUCAGCGAUACUCAUUUAACGUUAAGUCUGCAACGCCACUGGAAAUAAAGUAGCGAGCAUAAAACAAGAGAGGAACAAGUUGUUUGAAACAAAUGCAAGGGCUUUCGAACGACAAAUCGUAUUAUAUCGUAUCGAUUUUUAUCACAGCUUGUACGUAUUAAACGUGGAAGAAAAUUUAUUUACAAUUUUUCGUGUCAUUGAGUUAUAUUGAGACGAAAAAAGUUUUUUAAUAGAAGAUGGAAAUCGAUGGAAAGAUUUCGAUAUUAAAAAUACAUCGAAAAAGAAAGCGUUCGUUGGGCUCGAUUUGGUUUCUUGGGUUAAUUAAACUUAAAAAAAAAAAAAAAAAAAGAAAAAUCCAUCACUGCGAAAAUCUCGAAAGUUAUUUUUAAAAUGUGAUAAAAUUCGUGGAUGAGGGAUCUUCGACGUACGCAUGCGCACGUAUAUACAUUCAUAAUUUAACACACGCACAUAGGUACGUGUAAAUAUUCGAAUCGAAUCGCGAUCCAGAGAACACCAGGCUGCUCCGUACCUCUUUGUUUCAUCUAUUUUCGGCUGUUUUCUGCGAAAACGAGUUUUCUUCGUUUCUUCUUCGUUAUUGCAAGAUGUGUAUAAAUGUAUAUUCUUUAUCAUACGAGAAAAAAAAAUACAUAUACAUAUAUAUAUAUAUAUAUAAAAUUCAGAUUUUUACGAAAUAUGGAAUCAAUGGGAUCAAUUCGCGUUUAGAUGACGACAAUUGACAUCAAUUUACAUGGGACGAAUAAAUUGUACAUUUUCUUACGAUAAUAAAUAGUUUCUUCCCUCGAAAUAAAUUUAGGUAAUGAGUUGACUGUCGCUGAAGAUGAUUGAAACUAUAUCAAGAACGUAUUGUUGAAUUUUUUAUGCUUAAUUACGUGAUUGAUUAUUGGGGAGGGAAAAAAGAAAAGUAUCGAUAUAGAUUUGAAAAUGAUACCAUUUCUAGAAAUUUUAGAGAUAUUGUAUUCAUUGACGAUAAGAUAUUAAAUUCUCUAUUUAAUCUAAAUAUAACGGCCUCGUUAUUAUGCUCUGACAGUCAGCUUAUUUUCUCGAAAUUAUCUCGAAUCGUUGUUCUUCGAUUAAUUCGUUUCGAUUUUACUUUAUUAAAAAUUUGAUUUAUUUAAACCUAGUCAUAGGUACAUAUGUGUAUGUAUGUAUAUAUACUUAUUUCCUAUUUAUUUCUGUAUGCAUACAUAGAAAAUAUUCUACGUUUAAUUAUUUUUCAUUAGUUUUUUUUUUUUUUUAAUGAAAUAAGUAGAAAGCAGCCUUCAUCACUUAAUUCUUAAGAAACUCUAAAAGUUACGAAUUGUCAUAUUGAUAUAGUAUCGCUAUCUUUGAGGUCACGAAUACUUUCUGAAAACCAGUGAUAUCGUUUCCAGAUUGUACGAUUGUGGCGCAUAAAAGAAAUAAAUAAAUAAAGGAAGAAAGAAAACAGAAUAUUUUAUAAAACGAGUUCAAAAUGGAAAUAUCGUUGUAUGCACCUCUCGAAACAAUUAGAAUUGAAAGAUGAGACGAUAAAAGAUUGUAAGGAAAUAAAAUAAAUUAAUAAUCUUUAUACCGUUUUCGUAACGAAUUUUAAUUGUAAAAAUGUUACUUGAAGAUUUUAGAAUAUUUACAUUAAUUCGAAUUUAAAUGUUGACAAAUAAAAACUGAACUGAACACGCUCAAAACACUCACUUAAUUGCAUUAUAUAUAUGAUAAAAAGAAGAAUUUAUUUAUUUUUAUUUAUUUUUGAAUACGAGAUAUCAUCGAUCUUUCAAAAUCGAUUUACAACGUAGAUUUCGCAUAAUCGAAAAUAAUACAGGGAAAAUACAAUCAAUUCAGUGCCGUCCAUCAAGUUAAUUUGCACUCUGAUAUUUUUCUUCGACAAUUUUUCCAAUCGUUCGUUGAUUGUUUCUGAUUAAAUCGAUUCUUUCGAAACAAUAGAUAUAUUUAUUUGCCUCGUAAAUGUAAAUCGGACGAAAGCCUGAUGGCUGCUCGGCGCAGAAACUGAUAAUUAAUCCAGAUUAUCACAAAUUUUGUUUUGUCUUCCUUUUGUCCCUCGAGAAUUUUUAAUUAUGCAAUAUUAUUUCAAGCUCAACAUAUCUUUCAACCUUUCGAGUAAAGUUAGAAAUUUAUACGAACUUUGUCGGAAUCGAUCCAAUUUAUGUAUUUUAGAGAAAGUGUUAAGUAGGAUAGAAAGAAUAUUCCAGAAAAUUGUUAAGCAAUUUAAACAGGAAUUCUGAAUUUCCAAUUUCCAUUACGAAAAUUAUAACUCUUGAUGGACGAUCAUUAAUGAAAAACAGAUUUUCGUAAUUUUAAGAUUAAAAUAAAAGAUAUAUCGAGGAUAUAUUGCUCAAGUGAUAAUGACACAAUGUUAAUUUUAAAUUGUUAAUUUUACUGUGAUAUUAACAAGUGUAAUUAGAUUAUUAAAAGGCUAUUAAUUAAUUAUUGAUUUUCUCGGUUGAAUAGAUACAAAUUGGAAAAAGAAAAGAGAAUACAAUUUUGUUUUCGAUGAAACUUCAAUGAAAAACACGUAUUUAAAAAUCGCUUUACAAAAUGAUUUCUUCUUAUCAACUUUAAAUAAAAUAAGUCAAUCUUACUUCGAAAUAUAAUUUUCUUUCCAUCGAACAAAUAAUUCUAGUUAUAUAUCCAAAGUAUAUCAAUUACAAGAAACGAUUGCACCAGAACAAUAAAAAAUCUCUUCAUGAACAAUUAAAGACAAUUUUCUAAGCAAUAUAUGUAUACACGUGACAAUAAUUUACUCUUAACGAACCGUUACUAAUCAGUGGCAUUGUAAAAAUAGGAAGAGAAGAAGAAGAAAGAAAACAGGACAUUUUUUAAAGAAAAAAAGGAAAAGAAUCGAAGGAAGAAUAUUCCAUCUGAAAAAUUAUGGAAUUUAUUCAAAUGCUCUUUAUAUUUUUAAAAAUAUUUCUUCGAUAUCCAAAUUACUCGAAUUUGUUCGCGUAAUUGCAAAAAUUGAAAGAACACGCGAAUUAAAAUAUUUAUAAAAAUAUAUCCUUUUCCAUUUUAAAAUAAUAUUAUCUUCUAUUAGAAUUAACGUUUCUUUUAAACAUUCAAUCGCUUUGCAAACUUCUUUUUACAAUCCAAUAACAUCUAAUUCAAACGAUAUCCUAUAAUUUUUCAGAUCGAAAUUAUUGGGAAAAAAUUUUAAAGAAAAAGUCGUAAAAAACAUGGUGUACGCAGUGUACCAGAUCAGUGAGUGAAGAGUGACGAGUUGUCUGUUGUGUAUAAACGCGAGACGAUAUCACUGGUGACGAAGAAUCACCCCUCUAGGAACGAAGAAUGUUACGUAAUAUGUGUUGGAGACGCGUUCGAGAAACGAUAAACCUUGUACUCCAGUGAAAGACUCGACCAUUUCGUCGCGUUUUACUGCACAAGUACUUACAUCCAUCCAGACACGCAUACACGGUCGCCUACAUAGCUGUACGACAUAGUUAUAUAUACAAAUCCAAAUUGUUCAUCGACAAUUGUUCGUAAGUACUACGUAUGGUGAGAAAAAUUAAAAGAGACAAUACAAAUCGUAUUGUAUGAUACACGAAAUAUACAGGGUGAUUCUAAACGAAAAUGAAGGGACGAAUUAAAAGGCAUUAAGGGGGUGAAAAUAGACGAUGGAAGAAUUUUUUUCCGACAAAAAUUUCCAUUUUAAUUGUUAUCCCGGUCGAUAUAAUUCUUCGGAUUUUAAUUCACAUAUUUGUUUCAUUUAAGAGAUCACGACGAGAUGUUAAAUAAAAUUUGCACAAAUUUUGUAAAUCGCGUUUACCAUCCGUACGAAGGGGGAAGAUUUCUCGUCCAUUUUCAUCCCUUGUGCAUCUAUUUAUUACAUUUUUAAUAUAAAGUCAGUAUAAGACGGUACUUGAUCAACGGUAUGCUUUGUUAAAAUAUAACGAAAUAAUUAUUAUUAUAAUUAACAUCGUCACACGUAAUCAUCGAUCCUAUAUAAGCUUGAAAAAAAUCAUUUUUCUACUUUCUCUGCUAAGAUGAACACUUGUCAUUCUACACGAAAACAUUUUUAGACACGAUCAUUGAACAAAAAGCGAAGAAAAUAAAUAAAUAAAUAAACAAACGAACGAACAAACAAACGGUUGGAGGCGAAUGGAGCAGAAAGGACAGAAAAUACGAGCCGAGAACGAGCAAAUUACAAACCAUCCAUUCCAAAUUGAGAACGAAAAGUUUCUUUUUUUUUUCUCUCUCUCGAAAAACGAUCGUCUGAAAUUUCAAAGCGUCGUUUAUUACCCCCCAACGCGAGCUAUUCGAUUACCUUACGCAACGAAAGAGAAGAGAAAAACUAAAAAAAAGAAAAGACACAACCCUUAAGCAUCGACCCUUAAGCAUCUUAAGUUUCUCGAAGAUCAACCGCGCACAAGAAGGAUUUUUGUUUGGACAAAAUGUUUGCCAGCUUCCCCCUGUAAAGUAAAGUAAAAAAGAAGAAAGAAUAACAGAACGAAGGAAGAAAGGGAGAGACACGACAAAGAAAAAUCGAAGGAUUCGUCAGAUUGUGAAUUUGUAUGUCGCACGAUGCACACCCUGAAUACCGCCAAGGGACCAAUCAACUCACCCCUGCACCAUCCCUGUCGAUCCUCGAAUUCGAAGAAAAAUUGCAUUUGUCCUCUGCAAUAAUAAAUUCAAUAAUAUUUGUGCGUGCAUCAGGAUUCUUAGCUGUUUGUUCCUCGAUCUAUCCCCAUACGAUUGUUUGAAUUCAGAUCAUCGAUAUUCGAAUUUUAUUGUAAUAUUGGGAAUUCGAGCUACAAUGAGUGGUUGAUGAGAGGUUCAGUGUGUGUGUGUGUGUGUGUGUGUGCACGUGAGAGAAAGAGAGAAGAGGAUGACGACAGGGAUGAAGGGGGUGUGGAAAGGAGAGCGAGAAGAGGAAAGCAUAUCAAGAGACCAGCAUCAAGGGGUGUGCAUCCCUGUGAACAAGACCUGGUUUCUAGAUUUUCGUGAAACGCGAAACAUGGGGGAGGCGGGGAGCGGAUGAUGACGAAGAGAUGGAUUCGAGAACGUCGAUUUGGGAACAAUGGACGAGUUUUAUAAAGAUGAAAGGGUUCGGGGGAUAAAUCGUUCGAAUCGAUUCUGAUGGGGAAUCCCCAAAGAUGGGGAGAGUCGAGUGUGGAUCGAGUUUGGAGUCGUUAGAGGGUGAAAUCGAGGCGGUUCGAAGUUUUGUUUUUGUUGGAACGUUUCUUUUUUUUGGUAUUAGAAAGGAUAAAAUUUGUCGAGUGAAAAGUUAGAGAGGUUAAAGAAAUUGGAGAAGUUGUUUUAUUUAUUUUGCGCGUUAUAAUAAUUUUAUAAUUUUUUUUUUUUUUGAUAUUGAGAGGUUGAUAUAAUUUUAAAAAUAUUUGUUUUUUUUUAUCUUUUAAGAAUGAAAAGAAAAGUUAAAAAUAAGAUAGAAAUCAAGAUGAGGAAUAAUUGUUAAAAGCAUAAAAAAAAAUUGAAAAAAGACUUGAAGGUUUACCAAAAAUGUUGACAAAAGUUUUAAGAAUAUUGUUUCUUUGAUAAUAAGAAAUUUUAAUGGAAGGUUUAUCAUUCAAUAAUAACAAUAAUAUGUAUACAUUCUGAGAAUUAAUGAUUGAAGUUAAAUACAGAAAAAACAAAAAAAAUAUAUAUAUAUAUUGUAUAAUUUAAGCAAGAAUGUAAAAUUAUAGAAUAAGAAGAAUGGUUUUAUUGUACAAACUUUCAUACAUACGUAAUAAAUGAAACAAGAUUAUUUUGAAUAUAAAAAUGAAGAAAGAAACACGAAACUUCGUUUCGAAUAAAAGAAACACGGAUAACCUGUUUAAAAAAAUUGGAAUUUCAAAAUAUGCAGAUGAUAAUUUUAAAUUGAACAAAAACAAGAUUAAAAAAAAAACAUUUCAAACUAAUUAUAUAUACAUAUAAAAAAAAAGGGGAAAAGAAGAAAGGCAAAAAAAGAUUUAAAAAUUUUUUUUCCAAUUAUUGGAUAUACUCUUUUCAACUUUUAUUUGAAAAAAUUAAAAUUCACAAGAAAAUAUCUAAUUUCCGUUAUGAUAGCUAAUAAAAAUUUUUAUAUGGUGUCUAACGUUUAUGAAUGAACGACAUGAAUGAGUGACGAAUUGUAAAUGGAAAAACAAUUAAUUAAAAAUGAAUGAUGAAACGAAACCGCGAAAUGAAGAUAAUGAUUAACAGAAAUUUGGUAUUUAAUAGAGCAGAGUCCGCACUCGGAUGAUUAAUAACGUGUUUAAAAACACGAUUCUACCGUACCAACAAUAAUUUAUUUUUCGUUAAAUCUGCCUCUCUGAACUGGAAACGAGAUUAAAUUUAACCUCGAUUCACCUCAGGAACAGUUUCUACGCGAUUUGUCCGGAAUUUUCCACUCGUUAAUUAAUUAGAGGCGAAAUUAAAUACGAGAAAUAUGAGGGAAUAAGAUAUUCAAAAAAUUUUGGAAAUUCAGUUCUUUCUUUCUCUUUUUUUUUUUUUUUUCUUAAGAAAUAUAUAAUUAACCUUUUAAAUAAUAAAAUGGAGCACGGUGCAAUUAAAAUUUUAUCAAAAUUAUUUUACAUUUAAGAGAAAAAAAUUGAGGUAAUCUUAUUAAAAGUUUAUAUUAAGUUGCAUUGAAUGUAAUGAUUGUUUGAAUUAAAUUUUUUUUUUUUUCUAUUUUCGAAUAUGAUGGUUAAUGCUCUUUGAAGUGGAUGAUUGCCAUUAAAUUUGAAUUCUUUAGCCAAAGCUUUAUGUGGAUCGCGACUUAAUCGAAUAUCGAUAAUUUAGCAGUACGUUUCGAGUGUUUUUAAAACAAACUAAUGCGAAAACGCGAUUCGAAUUGGUUGAACUGUAAAUCGCUUGAAUUGAAUUUCCUUCAUUAGUCGAAAGCACGUGAAAUAACGAUUUCAAGUUUCAACGUAUAUUUAAAUUUUAUUGUUGAGAAGAAUGUUAUGUACACGUAUGAUAAAUUUCUUCCGUUUUUCUUCCUUAUCAUAAUCACUUCAUUAUAAUCGAUAUUUAUUAUAAAGAAAAUUGAGUUAAUAUUAAAAAUAAAAGAUUGUUUGUUAAAAACGUUGUUAAAAAACAAUAAUUUUUAUAUAUAUGAAAUUUAUAUGAUUUAUAUGAUAAUCGUUAUUUCAAGAUUUUAAAUUUAAUUUUUAAUAAUCGUCGUUAGAAAAAAUUCGUCGGUUUAUCGUUAAUCGAUAAUUAUGAAUGCUAAUUCGUACUUAAAACUCAAUUCAUCCGAAUGAAACAUAAAAGUAUAAAAUAUUCCUACACGAUACUAAUUUUAUAAAACUCACAAAAGUUAACAAAUAUUUAACAAAGUGAUAAAAUUUACACAAUGGUGUAAAAAAGAAAAAAAAGACUCAAUGGAAUCCGAUUUAAUUCCGUUUGAACUUUCGAAGCAAUUUCGAUAGAAUUCAAUUUUAAAUCGCAAUCAUUAUCCAAUAUUUAAACCCCUUUAAAUCGCGUCAAAUCUCUUUGUAUUUUAUAAACAGAAUCGAAACUCAACAAUUUCUUUAACGAAUUUAAUUCGAGAAUACCGUCCUCUUCAUAUUCCCUCUUCACUUUUCUCUUCGAAAUUUCUUUUUCCAAUUAAUCGAUCUCGAUUUUCUACUUUUUCUCUCGUCAAUUUCUUAUGACAAAAGCAACCGAAACAACAUAACAUAACAAAAAAAAACAAAAAGUUAAAACACACGCAAAGAAAGAAAGAUUUUGAACGAUUUAGAACGUUUUGCAGAAGCGAGCAUUCAGAAGAUCAGUAAGCAGCCGUUUCAAUUCGAGCAACACGCACAAUUUCGCUUAAUAAAAUUAUCUGGAACAAUAGCAAAGGGACAAAAGCAGAAAGAAAAUGAAUCGUCGAACGACACGAGUCGGGCAUCGAUCGAUCUUAUCUCGAUCCGGAUCCCUUUUACGAGUCCCACACGCGCGUAGGAUUCGCCUUUCUCUCGCCCACUCGAUUCCGCGUCUGACAACACAGAUAAAAUGAGACGUGACCUGUCCUCCAAUCCGGCAUGAACGUCGAUCCGCGAAAUAUCCCCCUGAUUUUUAUCCCCCUUCUCCUCCACGUCCCUCGAGAAACACAAAAGCUUAAAGGGGAGGGGGAGGGGAUGAGGGAUCCGAUACACUCGUCGGCGAACAAAUCCGUUUCCCCGAGAUGGGGAAACCUGUUUGACCACGCCGUGGCUGGAUUUCGAUCGGUUGCAAUCGGGUGUAAUUGACGGACAAGUUCAGGGGGAGGGGUUCUAGGGAGAAACAAAAGCAGUGGGACAGGGUUCAACCCGUUGGAUUAGAGAUCGUUGGAGAUUGGACGAAUUUGGAAAUUGGUUGGGAUACGUCCAGUCGAGGAUAGCGGAUUAAAAAAGAAAAGGAAGUGAAAAGAGUGAAAGAAGAGGGAGAGAGAGAGAGAGAGAAAGGUAGAAAUUUUGCGUGGAUUAAAGAAAAUUAAAGAAAGGGGAUAAAAAGGGAUUUGUUUAAGAAGGGAUUUGAAAGAAAUAAAUAAUCGUUUGGAUUGAAUAUUAAAUUGGAUAGAGGGUGAAAGAAAUGUAGGUGACUGAGACGUGUUGAAAAAAGGAAUUAGAGAUAGGAAUUUGGAUCAGACUGAAAAAAGUAAGAAGUGGAAGGUUAGAGUUAAAAUGAAGUGGAAAAUAAAAAUUUGAGUUGGAUUGAAAACAGUGGAGGAUUAAAGUUUUAGAUCAGGCUAGAAAGUUUUAAGUACAUAGAAAAAAAGCAUAAAUUGAGGAAAUAUUAUAAUAUAUAAAAUAAGAAUAAACAUACUGGAGAAGAGAAUUGAAAGAUAGAGAUUGAAGUUGAAUAAAAAAAAAAGAAAUAUGAACGAUUUAAAAGUUUUGAUUGAAUUGGAAGCUUGAAUAAGAAUUUGGAAGUGAAUUACAGAGAGAUGAAGAUAUGAGUUUGAAAAAUUUUGGCUUUGGGCCGUGUUAAACAGAAAUUAAAGAUAUAAGUUUGAAACUGAGAAAGAGUGGGAAAUGGAAGUUUAGUUUGUGUUGAAAAGAAGUGGAAAAUAGAAACUUGAACUAGAUAGGAAGAGAAGUUAGGGAGGUUUAAGUCAAAUACUUGAGGUUAGGUUAAAUAGAAUUUGAGUGUUGAAAGAAAGUAGAAAAUAGAAAAAGGAAAAAGUGAGAAAGGAAGAAUUUGAAUUAGAGAAAAGUGGGAGUUCGAAUUGAAAUAAAGUGUGGUGAAAUAUAGGGAUUAGGACAGGAUUAAAAAGAUAUGGGAGAUAAAAGUUGAAAUUGAGUGAAACAGAAAUGAAAGAUAAAAGAUUGAAUUAAGAUAAAGGAAAAUGAAAGAUAAGAUAACCUUUGCAUUAAACCUUUGGAUUAAAGAAAAGUAAAACAUGAAAGUUUAAUUCGAUCUUAUCUUGCUCUUUCCAAGAAGCUACUUGUAGAACGGAUAACACACAAAUGGUCAAAAGAUUUUUAAAUCUUUGAAUGAUUUGAUAAUAAGAAAAAAAAUUCAAUUCUAUUAUGAUUCUAUUUCUAAUUUUUCUCAACAAUUGAGUGAUAUGACGAAAAGAAUCAUUGAAUUCGAAGCAGACAAACUGAAAAAAACCAUGUUGAUUGUAAAAAAAUUCCUGUCUCCAUCUUCAUCGACAAGUUCACAAGUUCAUUCGUUUGUGAAUUUAUUCCGGAUUAUUCACAUCGGUUGAAAUGUUGCUCGAAUUUUCUUUUUCUCCAGUCGACCUGUGUCCAGUGAUUAUUCAAAUGAAAAAGCUUAAAAUCUGUCACGUACAAGUGGAAAACAAGACAAUGAAAAAUGGAGGAAACACGAAACAGAAUAGGAGGAAAAGGAAGAAAAUAAUGAGAAAGGACAGAAGGGAAGAAAUAAAAGAAGAUGUAUACAUUUAUUACGUGAGCAAAAAUAAAAUGAAAAAUAUUCGUACGAAUACACAUUUAUGGAUAUACGUAUUACUGUUAAACGAUAUUAAUGGUGAAUCAUAAAGACACAAAACGUACGUGCUGAUGAGAAAGAUUGGCCAAUUGACGUUUCUUCUUUUAACAUUGUCGCUAUAGUUCUAUAAUAAAAAUUGUUGAAAAAAAAUGUUGAAAAAUUGCAGAAGAAAUUAUAAAAUGAAAAAAAAAGAGGAAAUUGAAUUUAUUUAAUUACAAUUGAAUGAACAUUCUGUUUUAACAUAGAAAGUAUACAUAUAUAUACUUUUCUAUAUUAAGAGUUUAUGAAUUUUAAAUGUUAUCAUUGAAUAAGAAAUGUUUUAGGAUAAAAAAAAAUUACGUAUUUAAAAAAUAACGAAUGUUAAAAAUUUUAUAAUUGGAAGAAAGUGAAAUAAAUGUUAUUGGUAAAAAUAUAACUUUAUUAUGAAAGCACAAUGUGAUUAAAAAUACGAUAAAUGUUAACAAUUAAUUAAUCGUUAUUAUACAUCCUUAUUGUUAUAAUUAGUUAUUACAUUUAUUAUUAUUUUACUUAUACUAAUUUUCAUGCUUAUUUUUAUUUAUUAUUAUAUUUAUACUUGGUGUUAUUAAAUUAAUUUACACAUAAUAAUAAACAUUUUAUUAUCUGAUUUUAGAAAUAAUUUAAAAAAAUAAUGAUAAAAUAUAUUUCUUGCAAUAUGGAAAAAUUCAAAGUUUACAUUUCAUUCGGUUUUCACUGAAUAUAUACGUAUUUAAUUUUACGUUGAAUUUCAAAUUCCUCGUCAUACAAAAAUUUCUAUAUAAAGUUUAAUGUUAUCUUUCAAUUUCUCGUAUAAUACAAAUUAAAUAUCUGAAAUUCAUAUGAAAACUACAUGGAUUUGAGUGAUGUUUGACGUUAACAUUAUGAAAUGGAUCAUUAUUUAAACAUUUCCAUUAAAAUGUAUCGCAAAUGCACGAAAUAUCAAAUUUAAUUUAUUGUUACAUUUCGAAAAGAAAUUAAAAUUAAAUACAAAACAUGUAUAGUUUAUUCACCAUUUAAGAGCAAUGUAUCGUUUAGUUAAAAAAAAAAUAUAUAAUGUUGUUUAUAUAAGAUUAUUAACUUAAAGAAUAUUACAUAAAAAUAUAAUUUUGAUAACAACUAAUCUCUUUAUCUUAUAUUAUCUUAUAUUAGAUCCGUUCAUUCUUUUCGUUAAUUUCGUGAAACGAGUUUCCAGUUUCUAAAUUUUAUAAAGUCUAAUAUUUCUUCAUACAUUAUUUCAAGAAAUCUCAUUAUCUAUAAAAUUGAAUUAUCCUGUUGGAUCACCGAUCCAUUUCAUUUCGUAUCACCUUUAGCAGACAGUUUCAAGUUUUAAAGUUUAAUUAAAACGCAACUUUUCGCGCGAUAUUUCAAAAAAUCUUAAUCUUACUCGUAGUCAUUUAUAAAAAUUUAACAAAAAUUUACUCGUCGCUUAAUUGGAUCAAUUGAUUUUCUCUUAGCUUUUUCAAAAUAUUAUUGAAGCAUAAUAAUUCUUCGCGACUCAUUUUAGAAACAUUUUAUUAUUUGUAAAAAUUUCCUCAUAUUUCAAGAAACGUUAUUACUCGUUAUAUAUACUUGUUAUAUUAUUUUUUUCACGUAGAAUAAUUUUUUUCACUAAGUUUCAAUCCAAUUUAUUUAUUUAUUUAUAAAUCAUUUUUCAUCUUCUUCGUUCCUUAUAUUUAAAAAAGACUAUUCUUUAAAAACGAAAUGAUGAAAAUUAAUACAUAUAAACGUAUAUAUAUAUAUAAUAAUAAAUAGAGAGAAUAAAAAUAUUCUCUAAAAUAAUAUUCAUCGCGUAAAAUAUGUCGUGAUAUGGAGAGAAGAAAAAAAUCAUAUUAUUUUUUUAUGGUUAAAUGAAAGAUGAUAUCUGAAAGCGCUCUGUAAAAUAUCAUUGUAUAAAAUUAUAUAUAUUUUUCUGUUAUCUAAGGUUACGUUCUCUUAUCCACAGCCUUAACAAUGAAGGACAUUGAAAUUAUCGCGCAAGAGCGCAGAGAUAAACGAGAAAAAGAACGAAUGCUUAAACCAACCACCGCUCCAAAAAUUCGUCGUUUCUAUAAAAAAAAAUAAAUCGUUUCAUAUCAAGCAAACAAUAUUAUCAAACAAAUUAACGCGUAAAAACCUAGGAAUAAAUCAAACGAUAUCCAAGCAAUUAAAAGUUUCUAUAAUUUGAAUACGAAUUUAAAAGUGAAAAGAAAGAAAAAGGAAGAAAAAUAAGGAGGAAAGAGAAAAAUGUGAUAAUAAAGAAGGAAGAAAUUGAUCGAACAAAUUCGAUACAAGUCUGUUCAACAAAUCUGACAUGAAUCAAGGAUGCAUUAAACUACGGGUCAAACGUUUGUUCAACAAACACAUCACCGAGUGAACAUCGAACAAAUUCAUUGGCCACGAUCCAAUCCACAUCCAAGUCACAGAAUCUCAUAUGUUAAACAAAUUCAACGUGAAAUCAAACAUGGAUCGAACACAACUCGGCGGAUGUUGCAACGUUAAAGAGGCACGGGGAUCACCGUUGAAAACACACCCCUCGAUACAAACCCCUCGCCACCUCGAAUCGAUAUAUAACACACGGAUAACCCACAGAAAACAGAAACGAAGCGAGCAUCAAAUAUUCAUCGAGCAAACCGACAAACGUGGAAAAUUAAAAAGGCUCAAAAAAGAGAAACCAAUAAUGCGUCGACGAUGCUCGAUCGUUGCUCCGAAUCUGCACACGCUGCAAGAGUACGAUCUCUACCUCUUCGGAUCGACGAUAUUCGAUCGAAAAUCGAGAGAAAAAGAAAAAUAUAAAACCGCCUAUUCUUCUAAAAAGAAAAAAAAAUAGCAUACAUAUCAUCGCGUCGCAUUGAAGGAGAAAAAGAUAAGGAAAGAGUUUCGUUAAAACUCGAAGGGUCGAGCCGAGAGAGAGUUCCCGAUAAAAGGAAAGCAAGUUUAUGAAAACGCGAGAAGAAAGGGGGAGAAAAUAGGGGAGGGGAGAAAGGAAGGAAGAUAAGGAAGAGAGAGAGAGAGAGGGAGGGAGGAGGAAAAAGAAAAAGGAGGAGAGAAAGUUAGCACGAGUUAUCGCGGUACGGUAUCAGAUGCGGGGGAGGGAAGAGAACAUGUGCCGUAUUCGUAAAGGACUCUGUACAAAGAAGCAUAACACACACGCACAUACACACAUAUCUGAAUCGUACCAAUACACGCGAGAGCCGUAUACACGCAUCGCAUACCGUACACACAUGCACACAUAACCUAUACACGCCACGUUCGUUGACCACCACCGCCCUUUUACACGGUUUUAUCGGUCCUUUUGACUUUCGUAGAUAGAGCUACGACUUUUUCUUAAACACACGCCGACAUCAGACGUCGACGGCCCCCGCUGCCUGGAUAAUCGUUAUUACAGGGAGAGGUGGUCGUCGAGGUUUUUUUCAAUCACGAUUAUUGCUAAUCUCUUGUUAUUAUUAUCAAUAGAGAUGGGUCGUAACCUGAUUUUUAGAUUCGAAAUUCAAGAUUCUGAAAUUUGACGAGGUCUGGAAAACUCUCGAAACCUAGAACAAAUUGCUUCUUCCUUUUUUUCCACCCUCUAGCGCGAGAGUGUGUAUUUUCGGAUAUAUAUAUUUUGUUAUCGAGAACUUGAAACUUGGUUGGAAAAUUUUUAUCCCUUUUUUUCAUUUGGCUCGGCCAAUGAUAACAAUUUUUUGCUAUAAAGGAAUUAAUAACUUCGUGCAUUGCUGAAUCGAAUAGAAAAAAAAAAAUUUUUCACAAGAAAUUAUCCUUCAUCCAGGUUUCGACAGUUUCGAACAAUUAACAAAAAGUUUCGACGCUCGCGAGACUUUUUGGGCAUCGAAAAAUUUCAAGAUUUCGAGUGUUCCAUCCCUAAAUUAUUACUUAUCAUUACGGUUAUAUACUUAAUGGACGAAAGGAAAAGAAAAAAAAAUUAAAAAAAAAAAACCAAAAGACGAAGAUGAUGAAGAACGAGUUGGACGAAGUUUAAGUAAUAAUCACCGAGAGAAAUGAUGAUGAUGAUGAUAAGGAGCUCGUAACGUCACGCCAUUAUUAUGGUCAGGAGCAUGGCGUUCCUUUCGAAAAUUCCGGCGUGACGUCACCUUCAUUAUUGUAUUUAAUAAGCAUUAUAAUUUAUUCUUGUAACAUCAUUAUCGUUAUCGCUGCGAUUCCCCGUGAUCAUCGUCGGCUCCUUCCGCGUCAGUUCGAAGAGAGAUCCGGAAAGAUCGAUGGGACAAUAGGGUUGAUCGGGGAAGAAAAGAAUGGCGGAACCAAUAAUAUAUUUGCAUGCGAGAAAUGGACGCAAAGAGUGAUGUGAUUCGAAAUUGACUCGUGUAUUUUGAACUGCGGCGUGUCGUGGCCGACGAUCGUGACGCGUGAUCGAGAGAAAACGGAGGCGAAAAUGGAAAUGAAAAAGAAAAAAAAAAGCGAAAUUAUAUAUAUCUAUUAUUGUAUCGAGAGUUGUGCGCUGCGUUUGCGAUUUAAGCUAGUUCGUUUGUAAAUAAAGACUAUUUAACUCUUUGA